UUGCACCAAAAGAUGAUGGUUAUACUCCACAAAGCUCUUCAAAAUUAGGUUAUUUGAAAGGAUUAAACAUUUUUAAGAUACACAGCUAUCGAUAAACGCAAUGCAUUGCAACUACCAUCUGCAAUAUGCAAUAGUUGAUACGCAUUAACAAUACACGGAGGAGUGAGCCAAAGUUUCUUUGGCAAAAAUGAGUUCCUCAAAUGGCAAGGAGGACAUUGUUGUUCCUACGGUCAGGGAAGUGCAGCAGAUAUUCGCCGAGAUUCUAAGCCACGGCGACGAUAUAACUUGGGAUCUAUUGUCCCAUAGUCAGUCUGCAAUACUAAAAUCCAAAAUCGCAGAGUUCCAAGACCACCCAAACCUACGGAGCUCCAUCCAUUUACCGAUUUAUUCCAAAUUCUUUAAUAGGAUUUGGGAUCAACGAAAAUACACAAAUGGCCAGUCCCUCUCAUCCCUCUUCUUUGUGAUGAUUGUGGAUGAUGUCACAGAUGCCAAGUUGGCGGAACAAAAAGACACAUCUGGUAAUUACUGCAGCAACCUGCGGUGCUGUAUGGUAUAUGUGACUCAACAUGACUUCUUCGAAAACUGGGAUUCGUUUGUGACUUCAGUUCGUCUGCGAGCCGGCAUUAUGGUGACGCCUUACCGAGGGGUUUACAAACUGAUCGAUGGUCAGGUUGAGCUGAAAAGCUACCUUCUCCCAGAACCGAUCUCUUCCCGUCUGUUGCCAAUGGGCCUAGAUCGCUGCAUAACACCGGAAUCCCUAAAGGAAUCCUCGAUAAAUCCUAGUAAACGCCACGAACGCUUUUAUUUCGACUUGAAUGCUUUUACUAUACCCUUUAUGCAUCUGGAGAAAUAUUGCUCUGUCGAUUGGAUGCUCUAUUCCCUAUUGCUUCUUCGUGAGGGACAAACAAGCGCAGUUGAAGGUGAAAUGUCCACAUCUCUAGUUGUGUUUACACACGCUGUCACCAACUCCCGCCUGGCAUUCGAAAUGCGCAAUGAAAAAGCUUAUCGCAGGAUUCUGGGAAAUCAUGUAAAAAAACACUUCGACAAAAUAGCCGAGGAAUCUGAACGUAUUGAGGGCAGAGUGAAUCUCAUACGCAGCGCCAAUGAAGUGCCUCCGAGAUAUGAGCUCGAUAAACUUUUCAGCAGCAAAAGGAAGAGGAUUCAGGAACCCAGUGAGGCCAGCAAUUCACCCCUAGACCUGACCACAAUCCGAGUCAAAGGCGAAGCCAUAAACUUGGAAGAUUAUGGCUCUGCACUCAAAGAACACAUUAUCAGUUCGGAGAGCUUUGAAAAUCUAAUCAUAUGCAUGUCCGAGCACCUCGAGCCCGAAAUGUUCAUGAUAAUUGUGAAAUUAACCCAACAUUUUAUGGAAAUCAUCAGAGAGGGGUUGUGGCAUCUGUUGAAGUACCACAUCCCCACGGAAACAGUUCUCUAUCAGAUUAUUCUCGACGUAAUUGAGAACCAUCCUGAGCUAAAUUUCAAAGAAGUCGAAGAGCGGUCUUCGGAUGUUUUGAAGCGGGUGCGUUUAAAUUUUGUCUUGGCUAAUCCAAACUCGAAUCCAGAUUUUCUAACAAAGUGCCCGAAAUGCUGUAAUUUUUUUGAUAAAUUUGUAAAUAAAUUUGCGUGAAUUUGGGAAUUCUUAAAAAUGUAUAUAUUUAUUUUAUUAUACUUCUAAAAAAUAUGUUCAUAUGACUCUAAUUAGUUGGGUUUUUCUCGAAACUCCAUUCCCGAAAGAAUUUGAUUAUAAUAUUUUAUUUGAAUAAUAUUAAGAUUAUUAAUUAUAAAGAUUUUUUGCCUUUAAGCUGUAAAAGUGGAUAUAAAAUAUUAUUUAAUAUGUUUCUUAUCCUAUUUUUUAAGAUCCGAGACUUUAAAGUUGCUAUUGUAGAUGAAGUGUGAUCUGUAAUUAAA